UCUCCCCUGACAACUCAAAUUUAAGAAACAAGAAUUUUACUACUUUUAUUUCUCCCCCCAUAAAAUCCUCAAAAUUUGGAUUUCUUCAUCCGCACAAAACCCUAGGAAUUUGCUAGGGUUUAUCAUUUGUUCUUUAUCUGCAAAUUUCUAGGGUUUCAUAACUUGAAUAUCUGAAAUGAAGCGCGAUUUUGAAGAAAUUUCCGACGAUGAGUGGGAGAAACACUCAUCGUUCAAACCGAGAUUCCCGAAGAAAGAAUCUUCAUCUCUGCCAUUGAUUGAAUCUUUUUCUUACCAGUCUAAGAAAAUCGAAAUCUCGGAAGGAAGUAGUGAUGAUUUAUUGGAAAUUACUAACGACAGUUUGGAGGAUGAUGAUGCAGAUGUAGCAGAAGUUCGACCUCAAACUAAUAGAGCUCGAAGAUUUGUUGUUGAUGAAGAUAGUGACGAAGAUUUUGUUGUUGAAGAAGAUACUGGACCGAUUUUCUUAGAUGAUGAUGACGAGGAGGAAGUAGAAGAGGUUGAUGUUGUUGGCAAAGCUUUACAGAAAUGUUCCAAAAUAUCAGCAGUUUUAAAAAAAGAGUUAUAUGGUUCAUCAAUGUCAGCCUGUGAUAGAUAUUCUGAGGUUGAAACGUCUUCUGUGAGGAUUGUUACACAGGAUGAUAUUAAUGCCGCUUGUGCAACUGAAGAAUCAGAUUUUCAACCCAUCCUUAAACCUUACCAACUAGUUGGUGUCAAUUUUCUUCUUCUGUUGCAUAAGAAGAAUAUUGCUGGAGCCAUUUUGGCAGAUGAGAUGGGUCUUGGUAAGACCAUUCAGGCUAUCACAUACUUAACUAUGCUGAAAUACUUGGACAAUGAUCCUGGACCCCAUUUAAUUGUCUGCCCUGCUUCUCUCUUGGAGAACUGGGAAAGAGAGUUAAAAAAGUGGUGCCCUUCAUUUACUGUGUUACAGUAUCACGGGGCAGGGCGAGCGAUGUAUUCGAAGGAGUUGAACUCUUUAGCUAAGGCUGGGUUGCCACCUCCUUUUAAUGUUCUUUUAGUUUGCUACUCACUCUUUGAGCGUCACAGUGCACAGCAGAAAGAUGACCGCAAGGUACUGAAGCGCUGGCACUGGAGCUGUGUGCUAAUGGAUGAAGCUCAUGCUUUAAAGGAUAAAAGCAGCUAUAGAUGGAAAAACCUAAUGGGUGUAGCACAAAAUGCAAAAGAGCGUCUUAUGCUGACAGGGACACCUCUCCAAAAUGAUUUGCAUGAACUGUGGUCAUUGUUGGAGUUCAUGAUGCCGGACCUCUUUGCAACUGGAGAUGUAGACCUGAAAAAGCUUUUGAAUUCCGAAGAUAAGGAGUUGAUUGCUCGUAUAAAAUCCAUCCUGGGACCGUUUAUUUUGAGACGCAUGAAAUCUGAUGUAAUGCAGCAACUGGUCCCGAAGAUUCAACAGGUUCGACAUGUGUCUAUGGAAAGGAUGCAAGAGGAUGCUUAUAAAGAAGCAAUUGAAGAGUAUCGUGCAUCCUCUCUUGCUCGGUUGGAGAAGUCGUCAGCGUCUACUCCCAAGAGUAUAACUGAAUUUAUUCCGCGACGCCAAAUAUCCAACUAUUUUGUUGAACUCCGUAAGAUAGCUAAUCAUCCUUUACUGGUGAGACGUAUUUACAACGAUGAGGAUGUCGUUUAUCAUGCAAGAAAGCUGUACUCAAAAGGUGCAUUUGGCUUUGAAUGUACCUUGGAAAGGGUUAUUGAAGAACUUAAGAGUUAUAACGAUUUCUCUAUUCAUCAGCUUCUAGAGUCAUAUUUCGGCUCCGAAUCUAAAGGGGCUCUUGAAGAUAAUCAUGUUUUCCUUUCUGCAAAAUGUCAGGCGUUAGCUGAUCUUCUCCCUUCAUUAAAAAGAGAUGGGCAUAGAGUUUUGAUUUUUAGCCAAUGGACCUCAAUGCUUGAUAUUUUAGAGUGGACUUUGGAUGUAAUUGGUGUUACAUAUCGGCGCCUUGAUGGAAGUACUCAGGUCACCGAAAGGCAAAAUAUAGUCGAUGCGUUCAAUAAUGACACAUCGAUAUUUGCUUGUUUGCUAUCUACACGGGCUGGAGGGCAAGGCUUGAACUUAACAGGAGCUGACACUGUAGUUAUACAUGACAUGGAUUUCAACCCACAGAUGGACCGACAAGCCGAAGAUCGCUGCCAUCGCAUUGGGCAAACAAAACCUGUUACCGUUAUUAGGCUUGUGACAAAGGGAACAGUAGAUGAGAACAUAUAUGAGAUUGCAAAGAGGAAACUGGUGCUUGAUGCUGCAGUGCUCGAGUCUGACAUUGAAGUGGAUGAUGAAACUGAUAUGCCUGAGAAGACUAUGGGAGAGAUAUUAUCCGCACUGUUGCUGGGCUAAUGGGGAAGUAAGAUCAUUUUUAUCUAAAGAUGAUAAAGGCUAUGUCACUAUGUUACUGGUUCAUCAUGGUGGUUCAAACUAAGCCUAGGUUAGGACAAGCCGAUUUUUCUAUCGCAAAAGUUUAACAACUUACAGUGCAACUGGGUUAUGAAAUGGUAUGCAUAAACUUAGCGAGGAGGAUGGUUUUCUUUCUUCCGACAAAAAACUGGGUCAGCUGUCCAGGAAGGAAAGAGAAUCCUCCAAUGUUGCAAAGUCAAUCAGAGAUGGAAAGAUCAAAAGGUAACUGUUAAGGUAUUUUUCUAAGUACAGUUACAAAAUUGCUGAUAUUGUACUGAUAAAAGACACUAGGGGUUUAAGCUUGAAUUUUUGAUUGUGGUAGAUAGAUUUAUGCGUGCCAGGUAAUGUGUAACUUUAAGUACAGUUGUAUUCAAUUCAAUACAAAGAUGGAAGCCGUGUAUAAGUUACAUGCUUUCACUAAUUUAGUUGCCAUUCAUGAUUAA